CUCCGCCUCGUCCGACCUCCACCGCACAACGCGUAUCCAUCACGACACUACCAUCCCACAGCCAUACGUACUUGUUGACUGCUGGAGGGGCACAGCUGGUUAGUAAUCCGAAUCUGAAUCAUGUCCGGCCGUACCCAAGGCGUUUGCCGAGCAUGUCCAUCUGCAUGCCACCACAUUCUGUCACUAUCGUGGCUGACCUCCCGCAGCAUCGUAAAUCCCAAUCGGUACAUGCACGACACUGCUCAGGGCGUCUGAAAAUGUCCACAUCUACCUUGUCGUUGGCUUCGCGGACAAAGCUUGCCAAUGGCUUGUCCAUACCGACCAUCCAUCUCGGCGUCUAUCUGACUUCUGGCAACGAGACGUCCCAGGCGGUACGAUAUGCGCUAGAGGCCGGAUACCGAGCGGUCGACUCAGCUCAGAUGUACCAUAACGAAAAGGAGUCUGGCAAGGCGGUUCUAGACUUCCUCGCCAGUGAGGACAACACGCAGUCUCUCAGGCGCGAGGAUAUCCACUUCACUUCGAAGCUGGCAUCGAACACAGCAUAUGACACGGCCCGCAAGGCCAUCAAGCAAUCGGUCAAGGAGUGCGGCCUGGGUUACAUUGACCUCUUCCUCCUGCACUCGCCAUAUGGCGGCAAGAAAGCGCGACUGGACAGCUGGAGAGCGGUCGAGGACGCCAUCCAAGACGGCGAGGUCAAGAUUGGCGGUGUAUCCAACUACGGCGUCAAGCAUCUGCAAGAGCUCCUAGACUCGCGACCGCGGACUCCCCCAGCGGUGAAUCAGAUCGAAAUCCAUCCGUUCAAUACCAGGUUUGACAUCACUUCCUUUUGCCAGAAACAUGACAUUGUGGUCGAGGCGUACGCGCCGCUCGUCCGGGCCAUGCGCAUGAAGCAUCCAACCAUUGUCUCGCUGUCCAAGAAAUACGCAUGCACGCCCGGGCAGUUGUUGGUCCGCUGGAGCCUGCAACACGGCUUCGUGCCGUUGCCCAAGAGCGUCAAGAAGGAGCGCAUCGUCGAGAACUCGCAGAUUGGGGGGUUCGAGAUUGAGGAGGCUGACAUGAAGACGAUGGACGGAUUGGACGAGUAUCUAGUCACAGAUUGGGAUCCUACCGACUGCCCGUGAGGGUGGAGGACGAGAAAAGCGCGUGGGGGUGGAGCGAGGCUGGCAGAGGGUGGGAGAUGGAUGUGAUGUGACCAUCCGAGGGAGUGGUUUGCAGCAGGAUACAAUUGGGUAGCAUGAGCAGUAGCGGUAGUCGCAGUAUUGUAGUGGUAGCAAAGGGAAUUUACGGCAUCUCCGCUGCAGACGAGUGGUGGUGUUUGCGUGCAUGUGCCCGCCCGAGGCCCUACAGUUAGCUACUGGCCCCUGCGGCCUCGCUCGCAGAAACCCCGGCACCGCCCGCCCACCCAGCGAGCGACGUAAAAGCCGCGCCCGUCCGACGUCGGCCAGCGUUUGCGCUCCCCAUGGAAUGGAAUGACCCUCUUGAAUUACACUUCCGCUCCUACUAGGCCUCCAAACUGGCCGGAGCCCGCCAGGCUCACGUGCUC